CGGGGCCGGGUGAUGAUUGGCGGGUUUGAAGUUGGAGGUUUUGGGGGGAAAUGGCUCCGGCGGCCGGGAGCGCUGACAAGAGGCGAAGGCGAAGCGCUCCUAUAAUAGAUGAGUGCCUUGCCGAAUUCAUUAAAAGAACAAUACUGAGGCUGCCAAUUAUAGAUAUAUUAAAUAUCUUAAAAGAAUGGGGAUUCUUAGCUGAAAAAGAAUUGCAAACAUUGACCAUACGACCAAAGGAUAUGCUAGCAAUGGAGGUGGUACGUUUUUGCGAGGUUAAGAAUGCUACAAUGAAAGAUGCUGCAAAUCUCGACUUUGUCUUUAAUCAUACAUAUCCAGAAAAGAGAACUUGGAAUGUCUAUCAAAUGUCCAAACCUUUGGAAUCUGAAAUAGAUUUUUUCGAUUUGUCAGAAUACAAGCUUCAGUUUAAAAAGAGUAUUCAUUCAGUUUCCAAAAACGUUACCAUCCACUUCAAAGAGUUCGGGGAAGCACUCUGGAUCCGUAUAGCAUGGGGGAAAAACCAUACCAAGCCAGAUCAGUACAAACCCACCUUUGUUGUAUACCAAUCAAAUACCCCAUACGCCUUUGUAACGAAUAUCACAAAGACUUGCCAACCUUUGCUUUGUCAGGCCCUGGUCAUUGCUGCCAAUUACAGUCAGAUUCAGGAACUAGAUCUCAAAAGCAAAAGUUUGAAUUCCUUGAUGGAUAUCGUUUUUAAGAGAAUUUAUCAGCCUUUCCAGUCAUAUCACCCAAGACCACUUCAGGAAAGGAAUUAUAGUCCAGCCAUUGUUGACCCAAGGGUUACGUACGAAAAUCUUAGAGAGAAAGAAAGGAUUGAUCAUGUGACCCGGGAAACCUUUGGUGAUGGACCUCUGCCAAAACUGGAAACUGCAUCAUACAAGCUGGAAACCAUGUUUAAAAGUGAAAGUGGUCUUGCUACCCGAGACGAUCCCUUCCGAUGCGUUGUAAAGUUUUCAAGUCCACACAUUUUGGAGGCCAUUAGAUCUUUGGCACCAGCCGGCAUUGCAGAAGUGCCGAUUUCCAAUUUACUGACAUGCAUACCACACAGAGCCAGGAAUGUAUUUAAAAUCACAGACAAGAGACCUUUGAACAGCCAGGCAACUAGUGUUUGACACUUCUGAUGGAGCUAUAGCUUUGCUAUCACAUGGCCAAGCGUUUGUACAAUUCCGCUGUCCUGGCUCCAUCUGGAGCAUCAUGUGACAAGAAACCUUUAUUUAUGCAUAAUGCACUUUGUACUGCAAUGUCAAUUGUAUAUAUUCCUGCUUUCUACUUUCUGGGUUAUAUGAAGAGCUUCAUCAUUUUCACUGUAUGUUUGUGUUACAUUUCAUUUGUAGGAUGUUAAAUGUUACCUUUUUUUUAAAUUU